UAUGGUUUUAUUGCAUUGUAUUCGAUUUUUGUAAUAUUGACAGAAUAUAUUCCCACACAAGUCAUGCUAGUCAUGCCUAGCGACACUUUAAAUACAUUUCUUUAACCUACAGCGAACACCGAUCCGAGCACGAGAGAGGAUGGCACAACUGCAGCCGCAAGUGAAACCCCCAAAGCCGUUGGGAUCCACCAAGCGAGGUGGUCUACGGGACAUUAUUGUUGGUGGCAAGUAUCGUCUGUUGAGUCCCAUAGGCAGUGGAUCCUUUGGGGAGUUAUACCGUGCCUCUGGUCUUCAGUGCGGCGAGGAGGUGGCUGUUAAACUCGAGAGCAGUUCCGUGAAGUAUCCACAGCUGCCGCGCGAAGCUAAAAUAUACAAUAUCCUGCGAGGUGGCGUUGGCUUCCCGCAUAUUCGUUAUUUCGGCACCGAGGGCAUAUAUAAUGUGCUGGUUCUAGAUCUAUUGGGCCCCACCUUGGAGGAUCUGCUUAACUUUUGUGCGCGCAACUUUAGCUUGAAGACGACCCUGAUGCUGGCGGAUCAGAUACUGGCCCGUGUGGAGUAUCUGCAUAUGAACUGUCUGUUACAUCGAGAUAUCAAGCCGGAGAACUUUCUGAUGGGCUUGGGCAGUCAGCGCACUCGCGUUUUCAUGAUUGACUUUGGUUUGGCCAAAAAAUACUAUCGUCCCAGCACCCGUACACAUAUCAACUACUAUGAGCGUCAUGAGCUCAUAGGUACGGCUCGAUACGCCUCUGUGCAUGCCCAUUAUGCGGAGCAGGGACGCCGUGAUGAUCUGGAGUCCGUGGGCUAUCUGCUGCUCUACUUUUUGCGCGGUCGCCUUCCUUGGCAGGGCAUCAAUGCCGCGACACGAAUACAAAAGUACGAGAGAAUUGCCGAGAGCAAGUCAACGCUGCCAUUAAAUAUAUUAUGCUCCGGAGUUCCCACCGAAUUCUACUUGUACAUGAAGUACUGUCGCAGCCUGCACUUUACCGAGCAGCCGGACUACGUUUAUUUGCGGCAGCUAUUUAAGGUGCUGUUCCGGAAUCAUUUUCUGCUCUAUGACUAUCUCUAUGAUUGGGUAGACAUUAAUCUGGAGAUGGCGCACAAUAAACGCGCAAUGGCACAGCAGCGCGGCAAGGAUCGAAAUCAGGAGGAGGAUGCGGAAGAGGUGCCGAAAUCGGAUUCGCGUCGUUAUGUCAAGAAGAAACGCCAUCACGAACAGAAGCGACAGAAACAGUAAUCGGAUCACUAAGUACUAAGUGGAACCUUAAACUUAACUAUAUAUUUGGCAUGCAUUUAUCAUUUCUAUGUGUUUGUAAGAAUGUUUAUGUAGGUGUAAGUGUGGGAGUGUAUAACCUUUGUUCUACAAAUCAACUCUCUGUGGCCCAAUUGGUCCAACCACACUAAGCCGUGUAACUAACGAGGGGCUAAAACUCGAUAGCGUUUGUAUUCAAAACUAAUUUAAAUCUAAAUGCAGCUGGUUCACUUUGAUAAGGAAAGGAUUCCACUAUUCUUCUGAUAAGGCUUACAAUUUGGUUUAAUAUAAGUUCAGUUGUAAUAGACCAUAUAUUUAGCUAUAUUAAAAAGUGUUAAUAAAACAA